UAUGGAUUUCUAUGGGACUGGGAAUGGAAAACGGGUCACUCUUUUCUUCCCCAUGUUUACUUAUUAAUGUUUUUGCCCCUAUGUGUUGCUCUUUCCCUUUAUUUAUCUCUUUUUAAUUCGGAUCUCUCCUCCCCCUGUCUCUCUCACCUCUCUCUCUCGAUGCUUUGCUGUUUCCCACCUACUCAUGCGUUUUUCCUCUCUCGCUCUCUAUUCUUUCUUGCAUCUCCUUCUCGUUCCUCUGUAAGGCACCCAGAUAUCUCAAAGGAAAUGGAGCCUCCACUUUCUGCUCCCCAUGGGAUUGAGAUCAGCGAUAUUACAUGCGAUUCCUUCCGCGUGUCCUGGGAUAUUCCACCAUAUGACAUACACCGCAUUACCCAUUACUUCAUAGACCUGAACAAGAAGGGAGGACAGAAAGAGAACAAGUUCAAACACAGGGAUGUGCCAACCAAAUUGGUGGCGAAGGCUGUAGCUCUACCCAUGAUGGUUCGUGGUCACUGGUUCCUGAGUCCACGCACUGAGUACACACUGGCCGUGCAGACUGCAAUUAAACGCAGUGAUGGCGAAUAUACUGUGUCUGGCUGGAGCGAAACACUCAGCUUCUGCACUGGGGAUUAUGCCAUGGAGCAAGUGAGACAACUGCAGGUAAAAGCAGAGGACAUCGCUGGACGAAUGUUACCUUUGCAAGUCUUCUACAGGAACCAGACCUCGGAAUAUUUCCAAUAUGUCAGGGAUAAAUGGGGAUGCGUAAUGUUACCUUCCCUAAAAGACCAGAGUGGAAGCCAUGGUUCGCCCAUCAGUGGGACCCUCCAUGGAGUGUUUUUUAGCUGCAACACAGAGUUCAACACAGGGCUUCCUCCAAAUGACUCACCCUAUGGCAGAUGGAGGCUGACCGUUCCUGCUGGGCAUCUCUUCCAUGAGGGUACAAACCUGUACUUUGCAGAUUUCUACUGUAUGUAUAGUGCUUACCACUAUGUUGUCCUGGUCUUGUCACCUCAAGGUUCUCAAGGAGAUGUCUUCUGCAGUAAGCGCCUGCCAUUGCUGGACCCACAGGACAACCCUUUCUUGACCCGUGGGGAGAAGGCAGGGUACAGGCAUGCACAGGAUCUCAUCCUAGAAGUGUUAUACACAGACCCAGUGCCACUUGGGCUGGGGCAGCUAGCAGAGAUCAGUGGGCAUCAACUGAUGAGCCUCUCCACAGCAAAUGCCAAAAAGGACCCCAGCUGUAAGGUGUGCAAUAUGAGUGGGGGACGCUAGGUGGUAGUACUGAGGCUCAGUAUGAAAGAAGAAGAUUAGAAAACACAGGACAAAAAUAAGGGUAGUUCAGUUUAGACACUAGGGGAAGAUAAAUGGUGUCAAAAUGGGGGUGUGUUGAAUAACAUGACAA